AUGGCCGAAAAGGAAGUCGAAGACCUAAGAAGACAACUUAAGGAAGCUAGGGCGCGAGAGGAAGAAGCAAAGGCGCGAGAGGAAGAAGCAAAGGCGCGAGAGGAAGAAGCAAAGGCGCGAGAGGACAACGAGCGACGCAAAAGCCAAAGGACGACGUUAGCGGAGUACUUGUACAACUGUCACUUCGACCUGUACCAAAAACUCAGGCUCGCUGGCCCAUCGGAGAGCUCUACUGGCUUGGCGACAUCGGUUGACGGUAAAUACUAUCCCAGGUGGCUUCGCCCUUGGCAUGCCUUUACCGACAGCCAGCGACAAGAACACUUCGACGAUAUCAUCCGCAUAUGCGGCGAGAGGCGACUUUUUCAACAACGGAGCACAACAAGAGAUAACGGAAUCAACUUCGAACGGAAAACCGCCGGUUAUGAGAAUGCCAUCGACCACUUCGAAAAAACAGCAGUCGAAGACCCUACGUGGAUGAUUCUGGAACCCAUUUGGGCUGACAGGGAGAUGCGUCAAAAGUACCAAGUCACAAAUCUAACGUUUAUGAAUGGCGUUCGCAAUUUCAAAGACCUUGACGAGGAUAUUGGAGCUGAAAUCAAAACGGGGAGGGGAAAGCAGCAACCUGAUGGAGGUGGCAUCCGAACAGGCAUAGACGGGAACGAGAGCGCAGCUUUCAUGUAUGAUUAUAAGGCUGCGCACAAGUUCGCCGUCGAGGAUCUCGAGGCCGCUCUUAGAAAGGAAACUCUGUUCAUGGAUGUCUACGAGUGGGCGCAGAAUGACCAGUACAAAACAGACUCAACGCUUCGAAAGAAAGAGCGAGAAGCAGCGCGCAUUGCCAUGGCACUGAUACAAGUCUUUAAUUCUAUGUUAUGGCGUGGGGUUCCGUAUGGUUAUGUCGCCGCUGGAAAAUCUUUGGUGGGUCUUUACUACGACCGAGCAGAGCCACUUGUUUUGCGCUGGCACCUCUGCGUGCCAGACAAAAUGGUGAUUCGACCAACAGCUGAGCUUCAUGUCGAACAAGUGUCUCAGACUGCGGUUGCUCAGCUUGCCAGCUUUUGUCUGUUGAGCCUCCGCUCUCAGGCGCUUACGGGCCGUCCGCUCAAGGAGGCAAUGAACCAGGCCGAGGGCAUUCUGAAAAAAUGGAAAAGGGAAGCUUACACGGACCCGGUUACUCCGCAGGAGUCAGAUGACACAGAUUCAUCUUCAUCUAUGCCCUCGCGCGGCACAGAUAAAUCCUUUGCUUGUGAUACAUCCCCGGUGGCUCGACUUUGCGGUCGAAGGCAUCGUGCAAGGAUUCUACAGCGCCUCUCGAGUCGCGCGAUGAGGACAAAGAAGGCGGAGCAGAGGGUUAUCAACACCAGCACGGAGCAGGAGCCAGCGGCAACAAGGGAGAGAAGGACUCCUACAGCAGGUGCCCCUAAUGUGCUUUAUCACGGUGUUUGCGGCAACACACGCCACCCGAUCGACGCUCAGGAGUUGACUAAACUCAUGAGCGAGCAGCUGCGUCACGACCCGUACGAGAGCUGUGAUGCCCUCAUCGGCCGGCGCAAAUAUGGCUCUAGUGGAGUGCUGUUCAAGUUAGAACUAGCACGCUUCGGCUACACUUUUGUCGGCAAGGGCACCGUGUCCGCACGUCCGAGGCGCCUGGAGCACGAGUGCAGUAUCUAUCAGCGACUUGAAAAGCUUCAGGGCGACGUGGUGCCUGUGCACCUGGGCAUGGUCUCGUUCCGUCCUGGCUACCUCUUGCCUGGCGGUGCGUACAUAAUCCAUAUGAUGUUGAUGUCGUGGGCUGGGGUGGAGAUGGAUACGACGCGGUCAAAUCUGGAAUGGGAGGUGCAGCGAUCCAUACAAACGAUCUAUGAGAAUGGUGUGGACCAUCAAGACGAACGUGAGCCCAACCUGCUAUGGAACGCUGAGCGAUGCCGCGUGAUGGUGAUCGAUUUCGAUCAGGCAACCGUCCUACCACAACCUAAACACAAGCGAUUGUCUAAACUUUCUAAGGCGGGGAGGAAACGAAAGGGAGAUGGCUUGAACUAUAACAGCACGAAGCGGGGUGUGCCGGGCGUGCCGAGACGUUCUGUACAAUCUGUACAGUAG